UAUACAUACAAUAAUAGAGCCAAAAUAUUUAUAUUUGCCUAAUAUUUAAAGUAUGUUGAGGCAAGCCGGUUUUGUUAAGGUCCCUCAGCAGGAAUCCUUAACCCAACAAUGCAACAUAGCUUAUUGUGGUUUUAUAGUUCUAUUUAUUACACUCCAUGAACAGAUGAUCAUUUACAGUAAGGUAUGAGAGGGGAACCCAGAUCCAUUCUUGGCUCCUCCCUCAUUCACCUCCACCCCAAUGAUCACCAUAAGCUCAUUUCAAUAUUACUUAGCUUUGGGUCAUUGGUGUUGUACUUUGUGAAAUGACAUCACUAUAGGUGACCUGAAUCUUAGCUAGGCAAUCCCCACAGGGCAUCAGACAUCCAGUGAGGUUAAAGCCCACACUUGUGAUGUGACAGGCUGAACUGGGCUUGGACCAUGCCUUGCCCUCACAAGGCUCCGUAAGCGAUGAGAGCUUUCAUCAAGGUUGGCAAGUGAAUGAAUAAAACUGCCACUGCCUCUAGAUGUCCUACACCUCCCGCCAGAAACAGCUCAUCAAGAAGCUGUGGGAUGAGAAAGUUUUUCGGGAAAAAAUAAAGGCUUUUUGGGAGAAGAUCAAGGGCUUUCGGGAGAAGAUGAAUGCCUUUCGGGAGAAGAUCAGGGCCUUCAGGAUGGCGAUCCAGGCCUUCUGGGAGGAGGAAAACCCCAUCUGGGAGGAGGAAAAUGCCUUUCGGGAGGCAGAAAAGACUUUCCGGGAAGAAGCAAAAGCCUUCUGGGAGGGGUACAGGGACUUCUGGAGGGGGUAUAAUGCUUUCUGGAAGAAGGACAAGGCUUUCUGGAAGGAGGAUCAGUUCCUCUGGGAAAAGGACAAGGUUCUCCUGGACGAGGACAAGGUCCUGUGGGCAGAAGAAAAGGCUCUCUGGGCAGAUGAAAAAGCCCUCCUAGAAGAGGAAAGAGCUUUCUGGGAGGAUGAGGAAGCCCUCCGAGAAGAUGAAAAAGCCCUCCAAGAAGAUGAAAAAUUUAUCUGGGAGGGGGCAUUUGGCCCUCUGAGAGGAGAACAAUUACUGAUAGCUGUAGUUAUCAAUGCUCCUGGGGCUCAUGGCCCAGAUAUUCUUAGAGGAAGAGGGUAGCCAGAGGGAAUGAAAACAAGGUGUAAAUUAUUCUGCUGGAUUCAAAACUAAUAUUUGGAAAGUCACAUAUGAUGAAGCACCUGUGUAAUUAGUCAGUUACCCUCUUUGCUUUGAUUACCCUUCUGAACUAGCCUCUUUGACCCCAGAAACCUGAUAAAAGCCUAAUGGAAUUUCAGUAGAACUAUUUUAC